AUGGCAUCAGAACAUAAGGAUUGUGAUGGAGGAAUACGAUGUCCUUGUGUGAGAUGUAUAAAUAGUAGGUUUGAAAAAAUAGAUAGGGUUAGAGCACACGUAUUUGAUCGAGGUUUUAUGCAAGGAUAUGAGAAAUGGAUUUAUCACGGGGAGCCUGAGGAUGCCGUCGUUGAUGUAGCAGUUGCCGAUGUUGAAUCAGAGGAUGAAAUGAUUCCUAUUUUAGAAGACUUCUUUCCCUCGACAACUGAGGAACCACAAGGAGAAGAUGAACAACCAACCACAAACCCAGAAUUUGAUGACUUAUUUGAGGAAAUUGAAGCUGAAUUGUAUCCCGGUUGUGAUUGGAUUUCAUCUCUUAACUUUUUAGCAAAGCUAUUGCAUUUAAAAGUUAGGGGAAAAAUUCCUAAUAACAUCUUUGAAGAAUUAUUGAAGCUUUUAAAGUUUGCGUUUCCGAAGGAAAAUAAUAUUCCAUCAACUUACUACGAGGCAAAAAAGAGAUUGAAGAAAUUAGGCUUGGGUUAUGAUAAUAUCGAUGAAAAUGCAUCCAAGGAGGCUUGUCCAGUUUGCGGAACUAGUCGUUGGGUUACUUCCGAGAACGGGAAAGGAAAAAAAGUUCCUUGCAAAGUCAUGCGAUACUUUCCGUUGACACCUCGACUUAAAAGAUUAUAUAGUUCGAGGAUUACAGCGAAAAGCAUGAUAUGGCAUCAUACUGGAAAAUCAAAAGAUGAUGGGGUGUUGCGACACCCGGUCGAUGGUUUAGCUUGGAAAGACUUUGAUGCAAAACAUCCCGAGUUUGCAAGGGACCCAAGAAAUGUUCGACUUGGGUUAGCUGCUGAUGGAUUUAAUCCAUUUGGCAACAUGAGUCUUGCAUACAGCAUGUGGCCAGUGGUGUUGGCUAACUAUAAUCUACCACCUUGGUUAUGUAUGAAAGAUAAUUAUUUUUUGCUCUCUACCCUAAUUCCUGGUGCAAAAUCUCCAGGUAAAGACAUGGAUAUAUUUUUAAGACCUUUGGUGGAUGAAUUAAAGGAGUUGUGGAAUAAUGGGGUAGCAACGAGAGAUAGUUCGACCAACUCGAUGUUCACCAUGCGUGCUGCGCUUUUGUGGACAGUGAAUGAUUUUCCUGCUCGUAGUAGCUUGUCUGGGUGGAGUGGUCAAGGUUACAAAGCUUGCCCUACUUGUAAUGAAGGCACGACGUCCAUUCGAGUGAUCGGGAAGACAUCAUAUGUUGGUCAUCGAAGGUUCUUGCCAAGUAACCAUGCAAUGAGAAGGGAUACUCGAUUUGAUGGUAAAGUUGAAAGAAGACCUCCUCCAAGACGAUUUACUUGUGAAGAAAUAUUAUCACAAGUUAAUGCUCUCGAACCCCAAAUUCCCGGACAUCAUGAAAAUUUUGGGGGCGUGAAACGUAGAAGAGUUGCAGAAAAUUGUAAUUGGAGGAAAAAAAGUAUUUUCUACGAGUUGGAGUAUUGGAGCACGAAUAUUUUAAAACACAACAUUGAUGUGAUGCAUGUUGAGAAGAAUGUGUGUGAUAGUCUCCUAGGAACCAUCUUGGAUAAUGAUAAAUCAAAGGACACAACCAAUGCGCGCCAUGAUUUAAAGAAGAUGGGUAUUAGGGAAUCGUUGUGGAUUUAUGAAGAUGGGAAUGGGAGGCUAAUGAAACCGCAUGCUCCUUAUGUUUUGACUCGUGAGAAAAGACAACUUUUUUGUCAGUUAUUAAAGGAAUAA